GACAGGCAGCACGGCUACUCCUAGGAGCGGAUUUUUCGCCCUGGUAACAGUGACAAGCUGGCGGGAGCCAAUGGCGUUCCAGCAGCAGGGCGGGCUGCAGGGACGGGUCAGGUGCUCUGCGCUUGAGGCUGCGAGCAGGUAACCUUAUGCUGAGCUAAUCAAGGACCUGGGAAAAUGAUUCCAGAGUUUCUCGUGGUGUCUUGCACAUUGGCUGCUCUGUGCCAUUCAGUUCCCCUCUCUCUGCAGACAGAACAGCAGAAGGUUCUGGUAGUUUCUUUUGAUGGAUUCCGCUGGGAUUACUUAUAUAAAGUUCCAACCCCUCACUUCCAUUAUGUCAUGAAAAACGGUGUCCAUGUGAAGCAAGUCACUAAUGUUUUUAUCACAAAGACCUACCCUAACCAUUACACUUUGGUCACUGGUCUCUUUGCAGAGAAUCAUGGGAUUGUUGCAAAUGACAUGUUCGAUCCUGUUCUGAACAAGUCUUUCUCCUUGGAGCACAUGAAUAUUUAUGAUUCUAAGUUUUGGGAAGAAGCCACACCACUGUGGAUCACAAACCAGAGGGCAGGGCACGCUAGUGGUGCGGCCAUGUGGCCUGGAACAGACGUCAAGAUUCACGAGAGUUACCCUACCCACUAUCUACCGUACAAUGAGUCUGUUUCCUUUGAGGACAGAGUUGCUAAAAUCAUUGAAUGGUUUACAGCCAAAGACCCCAUCAAUCUCGGUUUUCUCUAUUGGGAAGAGCCGGAUGACACGGGCCACGAUGUGGGACCUGACAGUCCCCUCAUGGGGCCUGUUAUUUCUGAUAUUGACCACAAGUUAGGGUAUCUGAUAAAGAUGCUGAAAAAGGCAAAGUUGUGGAAUAAUAUUAACCUCAUCGUCACAAGCGACCACGGGAUGACCCAGUGCUCUAAGGAAAGGGUGAUAGAACUUGAUCAAUACCUGGACAAAGAGCACUACACCCUGAUUGAUCACUCACCUGUAGCUGCCAUCCUGCCAAAAGAAGGUAAAUUUAAUGAAGUCUAUGAUGCGCUGGCCAAUGCCCAUCCUAAUCUAACGGUCUACAAAAAGGAAGAGAUACCCGAAAGAUGGCAUUACAAACACAGUGACCGAGUUCAACCGAUCGUAGCGGUGGCUGACGAAGGGUGGUAUAUUUUGCAGAAUAAGUCAGAUGAAUUCCUGUUAGGCAACCAUGGUUAUGAUAAUGCCUUAGCAGAAAUGCAUCCAAUAUUUUUAGCCCACGGUCCUGCCUUCAGAAAGAAUUUCACAAAAGAAGCCAUGAACUCCACAGAUCUGUACUCACUGGUCUGCCAUCUCCUCAAUGUCACCGCCCUGCCACACAAUGGAUCAUUCAGGAAUGUCCAGGAUCUUCUCAGUUCAGCAGCUCCAAAAGCAAUUCCUUACACACAGAGCACCACGCUCCCCCUUGGCAGUGCCAAGCCAGGAGAGUAUGAGCAAGAGGAGUCGUACCCUUAUUACAUAGGCAUCUCUCUUGGCAGCCUUAUAGCUAUUGUUUUCUUCGUAGUUCUCAUUAAGCAUUUAAUACGCAGUCAAAUGCACACCUUACAGUAUAUGCAGGUCGAAGUCGCUCAACCGUUACUCCAAGCUUAGCGCUCCUUGGACACGGGAUUCCGGAUUGAAGUGGAGGGUGCGAAAUUCUUAACAGUGGUGACCCUUCAGCUUCUGGAAAGCGAGUUACGGAUGUCUGCAUAGGCCACCAAGCAGUUAACCCUUACGUGGGCACAGUCACACAUACGCACAUGCACACAGACAGAUCAAAACACCCCGGCCUGCAAAUGGUCAGAGACGUAAGGGUACCCCUCCGUGGCUUUCUUUGGCUCAGUAGGUAGAUGGUGCUCUACUUGGGGUUGGCACACGUGAUGUACAUACAUACUUAACAACUUUGCACUAUUAAAGGUACCUAAGAUGGUGUACUUUCACUAUCCUAGUAGGUCCUUUUUCCUCUGACGUGCACUUUAGAAACACAUCUAGUAGCUUGGUUGAAAAUGACAACUAACAAUGCAUCUUGUCACCCAAUACUAGCAUUCUAUGUACAGAGUGAAGAAUGUUCUGGCAAUUCCCAAAUAAUGUAGAACUCUGUCUCCUUAAUUUCGAGGGGGAGGGGGAGGAGGAAGAGGAGGAGGAGGAGGGGGAGAGGAGGAGGAGGUGGAGGAGGUGGAGGUAAAAAGUCAGUGGGACCAAGUUUGUAGCCUGCAUCUGGGUAGAUGCAUUUCCAGCAGCAGAUUGCAUUGUGGGCAUUUCUAGUUACGUUUCCUCUCCAAGGACCAAGGUUUUCAUUCGCUUCUUCCCUCAGAUAGACUCCAGCAUGGAAACGUGCAUUCUAAAGACCUUAGUCCUAGACGUUAGUUAUCGCUCCCUGUGGAUGAGCCUGGUCCUCAUUCCAGGAUGAGGACGCCAUUCACAUAAGACUUCCUUUCUGUGUAGAAUAGCGGUGGCCUGAAAAGUGGAGCCUGACACCAUCUCUGCUGUGUUUUUCUUCCCUGCCUGUCAUGAUUUGCUUCUUUGAAAACAACAUUAUUAAUCACAUUAAAAAAAAAGUGAGAUUUAAAAAAGAAA